UUGGGCGGGUUUCCAUGGAAGCUUUGCUCUGUUAUGUCGGAGAAGUGUCCGGGCUGGGGUGGUGCUGGAGGAGGGACCGCCGCGGCGCGGAUCCACCCUCCAGUCAUCCGGCGAUAUGUCAGAUAGAAAGCGUCCCAUAUCACGUCUUAUAUGGCAGCUGUGACACCAGGCGGAGGAGUGGGUGGCUGUGUGGCUAGAUGGGUCGCCCUCGCCUGCAGGACACUCACCGUCUGUACAAACAAAAGCUUGAGGAAGUCACCAAACUCCAGAACUGCUGCUCGGGUGCCAUCGCACGCCAGCGGAAGAAACUCAAGGAGCUUUCGGCAUCGCUGCAAGAAUGCAAAGAAACACCGGACACACUCCAGCUGAGUCCCGAGGAAGUGGGCUCCAUCAUGGAAAUCCGCGAGUCGAUCAAGGAGCGGGAAGAUGCCUUCGCGGAGAUGGAAGCGUUUCUGCCAAAGAAGAACAGCCUGUACCUCACUCUUGUUUUAGGCAACGUCAACGUCACACUCCUCAAUAAGCAGUCCAAAUUUGCCUACAAAGAUGAAUAUGAGAAAUUUAAGUUGGUCCUCACCGUCAUCCUCUUCCUCUUCUCCUUCACGUGUCGUUUCAUGUUCAGCUACAGAGUGCUGGACGCUAUUUUCAACUUCCUGUUGGUGUGGUACUACUGCACGCUGACCAUCAGGGAGAGCAUCCUCAUCAGCAACGGGUCCAGGAUCAAGGGCUGGUGGGUCUUCCAUCACUACGUGUCCACCUUCCUGUCCGGAGUCAUGCUGACCUGGCCUGAAGGAGAGCUUUACCAGAUGUUCAGGAACCAGUUCUUAUCCUACAAUCUUUACCAAAGUUUCGUCCAGUUCCUGCAAUAUUAUUACCAAAGUGGCUGCUUGUACCGACUCAGAGCUCUGGGAGAGAGACACAACAUGGACCUGACAGUGGAGGGUUUCCAGUCGUGGAUGUGGAGAGGACUCACCUUCCUGCUUCCCUUCCUCUUCUUUGGUCACUUCUGGCAGCUCCACAACAGCAUCACGCUCUUCAAGAUGUUCCAGCUGCCCCAGUGCAAAGAGUGGCAGGUGUUGAUGUGUGGUUGCUCCUACAUGGUUCUGUUCCUGGGCAACUUCUCCACCACGCUGGGAGUGGUCUACCAGAAGUACAUGAACAACCAGGACAAGGCCAAAAGCCUGUGAGGCUCGCUGGUCCCCGACUCCGGAGCCCAUCCACAGCUCUGUUGGGGCUGUUGCUGUUCUGCUGCUUCUCUCUCCGUCUCGUGACGUGAUUGUUGGUCUCAUGAUUGUCCUCAGUGUUGGGAUCGUAAGGUCAAAAUGUUGAAAUA